AUGGGCCUCUUGGACCGGCUUCGGGCCCGGCCCCGGCGCAGUGCGGGGCUUGCGACCGAGCAUCAGACGCCGCCCCGCUCGGCCAAAACAACAGGCCGCGAUUAUACCAGAAAGCUGCCUCGUCCCGUGCUCGCCUACAUCUUCGCCUAUGUCUGUCCACACUCGGUUGAUAAUUCCUAUGAGACCUCGGAGGAGUCCAUGACCGAUGGCUGCAUGCUAUGUGACAUGCGCGAUCUUGGGCACUGUGCCCAGGUCUGCAAGCGCUGGUUCCUAGAGGCACGCGCUCUCCUCUAUACAAACGUCCGCAUAGACCCCGUCCACUACUGCGAACUUGAGGUCGAGCUCGCCGCGAAACGCAAACGCCGGUCUUUCUUCGAUCGCAAUGGCGACCCUAUCGACGCGCCCCAGGUCCGCCUCGAAUUCUUCAUGCGGUCGGUCCGCGAAUCACAAGGACUGGGUAACAUGGUUCUCUCCCUUCGCAUGCCCUACAUGACCCGCGAAGCCAACAAGGCCAAUAUCGCUCGUACCAUCUCCGUCCUCCCUCGCCUGCGCUUCGUCGACCUCCCAUCGGGUCUGUUCAGCGAUGAGCCUUCAUGUGCGGCGCUGAAGCAGGAAUUGAUGGCCCGUUGUCCCGAUAUUCGCCGCAUGAAUUACCGCCAUGGAGCUGAGGGAGGCUUUGCACGCUUGCCAGGAUCACAACUCUGGGUCAAUCUGGAGAAAUUGGAGCUGUCGGGAUUGCGAGUUGAGGCUGGGACUUUGCGCAAUGGUCUCGCUUCGUUCCCUCACCUGCACGAUCUCACGUUGGAUGACCUUUCUUGGCUGGACGAUUCGGCGUUCGCAAUCAAUGCUCAUUUCCCCCCUUUCCCUGCACUCAAGCAGCUCAUCCUUCGGGAUACACCAAAUGUCACGGCAAGCGGGCUUGCCGCGUUACUCUCCGUCCCAAAUAACCGAAAAGCACUACAGUCCUUGACUCUAGCAUCAACCGGUGUACUGCCGUCUACUCUACACCGUAUACUACCGGUGGCUCCGCAGCUUACAAACCUGUCCAUCGUGCAGGAGUCACUUCGACUUCUCCACUACGAGAUUACAUCCGAGGCCGAGACCAAUGGGCUCCCUCCCGUUACAGGGUCAUACUACACCUAUCUCAUUUCCUCCCUAAUGUCCCACGGACUGCCUGCACUACGAGAUCUCUACGUCCGCGAUGCACAAUUCCCCGACACCUUGCUUCUCGCACCGCCACCAAGACUAUUCGGAGGUGGUGAAAAUGGACCACAAUUUGCGGGUGGUGGUCUAGCGCAACCACUUAACGUCUACAGCAAGGGCCUCGACGAGCUAGAGUGGAACUUUACGCCGUACGAUCCAGAUUCCGCACUUGGACGUAGUGGUACGAAGACACGGCCGGUGAGCUUCCAAGAAGCACAGCUCAGUCGAUCCUGGGGUGGUGAUGCUCGGAAGAGUGUGCUUGUGGGCAACGGCUUCGGCGGGUUCCUGGCCGUACCUGCAGAGGAUGGGGAACGUCCACAGAGCAGCAGUGGAUACAAACGCACCAGUCGACAAGAUUUGUGGCGAUAA